AUGCUGAAAUGGACUUCUACCCUUGUACGUGACGUGGUGGGGAAGGAUGAGGGGGGAGGAUGGGGAGGGGUAGUAGGAAGGUGGAGGAAAGGCAGAGGAAGGGUGCGGCAUGCGUUCAUGCCCACGGAGGCAGAGAGCAUUCUGGUGGAGGCGGAAAGCCACGUGGGAUUCUUCCUCGCUUCCACUCGCCUUCCCUGGAUCUUCCAUGGUCUCGAGAGGUGGGCAAGUCCGGGCAAGCCUGAGAAGUUUUUGGAGCGGCUACCGUGGGUGCACAGGUUGCUGCUGGAGUACUGGUGGGAGCCGGUGUACCUGCGCUGCAACUGGCUGCUGCUGCAAUCACUAGCUGACCCCGUGGAGGAGGAUAAGCUGUGA